GUGAAUUGUGGCUGCUCUGUCUUUGUUCCAAGUUCCAACAGAAACACCUGCUAGUGCUAGUGCUACCAUCCCCAACCGACUUUCCCUUCCUUCUUCUUCUUCAUAUAUCUAUAAAUAUUAUCAUCUCAUCUUUUCCGCUCUUUCCAUCUCCCAAUGGAAGACGAUCCAACUCUCAAGCCUUCAGGCCUACCUCGCCAAAACAAACCCUCCAUCUCCAUUGCAGAUGACCAAAUCAUGGAGCUCCUAUGGCAAAACGGCCAGGUCGUCAUGCACAGCCAGAACCACCGUUCUCUCCGGAAACCACCGCUCCAAAACUACAAUCCACACCUCUUCAUGCAAGAAGGCCAAAUGCCGUCCUGGCUUCACUAUCCAAUCGACGACGUUCAUCCUCCCUUCGAGUUCGACCAAACCUUCUGCGCCGAUUUCCUCCACUCGCCGCCCACCGUUAACAACAACACCGCCAUGCAAACCCUAGGCCCUUCGUCUCACCUCACCGACCUCCGCCCCCCGCCGUCUCCUCGGCCUCCGAUUCCGCCGCCGAGGAGGCCGGACCCGGAGACGCAGAACUUCGCGUACUUCUCCAGGCACAGUGCGAGAGCCGAGCCCAGCGUGAAGACCGCCGCGAGGGAAUCCACGGUCGUGGAUUCGUGCGACACGGCGGCCGCGGCUUCGAGAGUUUCCAGCGCGGCGGAAGGAGCCGGCGGCGUCGCGGCGCCUUCGACGAUGAUGUGCGACGUGACGAUGACGACGUCGGGCGGUUCGAGUAGCAGCGGCGAACCGGUUCAGGUGGCGGCGGCGGAGGAGCGGAAGCGGAAGGGCCGGGAGGCGGCGGCGGAGGAAUGGGAGUGUCAGAGCGAGGAUGUUGAUUUUGAAUCGGAAGCAAAGAAACAAGCUCGUGGAUCAACGUCUACAAAGAGAUCACGUGCCGCAGAGGUCCAUAAUCUCUCUGAGAGGAGGCGUCGCGAUCGGAUUAAUGAAAAGAUGAAAGCUCUGCAAGAACUUAUACCUCGUUGUAAUAAGUCAGAUAAAGCUUCAAUGCUGGAUGAAGCAAUUUCAUACUUGAAGUCAUUGCAGUUACAAGUGCAGAUGAUGUCCAUGGGAUGUGGCAUGGUACCUAUGAUGUUUCCUGGAAUCCAGCAGUACAUGCCAGCAAUUGGAAUGGGGGUUGGAAUGGGUAUGGGUAUGGAAAUGGGAAUGAACAGACCAGUUAUACCGUUUCCUAAUAUGUUACCUGGUUCGGCUAUGCCAGCAGCAACUGCUGCUACUCAUUUGGGACCUAGGUUUGCCAUGCCUCCUUUCCACAUGCCGCAUGUUCCUGCACCUGAUUCGUCUAGAAUGCAAGCAGCAAAGACAGAUAAUAAUAUGGUCACCUCAGCUGGUCCACCUGAUCCAAAUCAGUCACGUAUCCCAAACAUCACUGAUCCUUAUCAACAAUAUCUUGGUCCCCACCAGAUGCAGUUUCAAUUAAAUCAGGCAAUGAAUCAACCAAAUGUUAGCAAGCCAAGUACCAGUAAGGGCCUUGAGAAUCCAGAAAGCCAUUAAUUAGUCAGUCAGGAGAAAAAUGAUUCUUUGAUAGUUACAAUGAAGGACUGACUAUUCAAAUGAUGCGGCAUAUAAUUGUAUAGCUUUUACCUCUAGCACUCACAAUGGUAGUGUGCAUUGCAAGUCCUGAAUACAUUAUAUUGAACAAAACAAGGAUAAUCGUCAUUAACAAUGGACCGUGUCACGUGUGCACUGCAGGUUAGAUUUUCCGGCACCUAUACUACAGCUGCAAAAUUUUGUAGUGUUUAAGAGAACGAACUUUUUAGCUGUUCUCAGUAACAAGCUAAUCUAUACACAGCUAACAUGUAAAUUAUUGCAACCAAGUUUUCUCUCUAUUUUAUCAUCCUUUUUUUUUCCAUCUUAUAAAUUCACUUUCGAGACUCUUUGAUAUGAGAAGAACCGAAGAGGAACUCGAUAGAUGGCACAAAAUAGAAGAACGUCCUUUCUACACCAAACGUGGAGGCCCCCAUCUGACAGCUUCGUACGUCUAGUCCUAUUCCUGCUUCAGAUUCUUGUUCUGUUCUUCAUUUACUAUCAAUUUUCUCCUAUUAUGUGAUAUAGCAGCCUUUGAACUUGAUCGCUAUUGUUUAUGGAGUGAGAAGCAGUUCUUGAUCCACAUGAAGCAGUCUAUUGUUACAAUGUACGGUGUUUAGUCAAUUACAGUAGGGAAAUUUAAAUAAAAAUGAAAAAUUAUAGUUCCACUACUCAUAACAAAAUGUGUACACCAGAUUGUGGGGUUCUUACCAUUUGAUUAAAAUUUAUGGCUAUUAACGUGUAACUUGUAUUUUUUAUUUUAUA